UGUUGAACGCUCUUCUCUCUUCGCAAGUGAUUACAUGAACAAUCGAUCCUUCGCUUGAUCCGCCUAUCUGCUCUGCCAAGUGGUGCCUUGCAGAGCAUCGCGACCAUGGCGGGAACACCCACAACCCCCGAACUCGCGACCAUGCCAACCGAGAUUCUGUGCAUGAUCGGGGACAACCUGUCUGUUCAUGAGAUCAAGGAAUUGACGCUUACAUCAAAGCAAUUUCGCGAAAUCUUUCUCCCGAAACUUUGCAAGCAUCUCAAGUUUUCUGGUAACAUGAAGGAACUGACGGACAGCCUCCACGCCUACUAUACCCGCAAGACAGCUUCAUUCCGUCAUCUGGUCCAUCAUCACACGAGUUUUGUGACCUUUGAAGUUACAAAUUUUGACGACAUCUUUAAAAUGAAUGCUUGGCUUCUAGGCUAUGGAGUUAAGACCAUACCCAUCGGGCGGUUUUUGGCGGAUACACCUAGUCUCCACGGCGUUGUUUUCGAUAUCUGGCUCCAAAAUCGCAAAGAAGCACACAAAUUCCUCAGCUUAAUUCGCAAGGGCCCAGACUGGGCUGGUCCUAAGCAUCUCUAUUUCACAAAAUACGUCGAAAAAUCGACAAUGGGCAAAAUAGUUGGAAAGUUCAAAGCAGGUGCCCUAAAGGGGAUCGCUGCACCUCAUGCAUCUCUCACAGGCUGCCACUAUGACGAACUCGCACGUAGCGGCGCCCAUCUCACUUCACUGCGUCUUAACAAAUAUUCUUUCCUUAGACAGGAUAGUUCAGCUCUUACAAGCUUGAGCGAUGUGCUUAUCAACAGGAUCAGCAAAGACUUUCCUCAGCUGGAGUCAUUGAAUAUUUAUGAUAAGACUCGUUCCGGUCGUUACAUGCAUCACAUGAACGACAGAGAUAGGUAUCGAUGGUGCCGAAAGAUCGAUAAAGUCGCUUCAUCCCUCCGUAAGAUGCGGCGGCUACGUCGGUUUGCAUUCACUCUCAGUGAAGCCCAAUUCAGUGAAAGUUUUAUCGAUGCUCUCAGGACGAAGCUACUGGCCAUUGUUAUGAAGAAAGGUCUGCCGCCCGUCGAAGCUCGCGGGCUUGAAGGCGUAUACAUAUUGUUGAUUACCUAUUUUGCCGCCCAUGCAAAAAGUCCUGAGGAGGUUUGCAUUACAACUGGGUGUCCCAUGUUCUAUCGAGCAACUCUCACGAACGGCGUAUGGAAUAUGUCUGAAGAGUCUUCCGAGGAUCCCUCUCAGAAGUACCUGUUCCCGAAUGUUCUAGAAGGCUAAAGCUAUGCGCUUGCGAACAGGGACGUGAAGGCGGAGCUUACGAGAGGAACUUCUGCGCCUUGUAGG